AUGGCACAGAUAUUCAAGAACACAGAUAAGUGCAAGUUAAAUGAUGGACACAAGGAACGGGAGUUCUACAAGGACCCACGUGCAAAAAUAGAUGGACAAUACGAUAAAAGGGAGGCAUUGGAGCCAAAGAUGGGUGAAGUAAAGCACAAAAAAGAGAGGAAAAGAGAAGAAGCAGGAUACAGGGCACAGACUGAGGAGGAAGUGAGAAGACAGUUCCAGUAA